AUGCCGAAAACAGGCAAGCUCGAGAUGCCGACGUGGGUCGAUAUUGUGAAGACGGGUGCCUACAAGGAGCAGGCCCCCUAUGACCCUGACUGGUACUACAUCCGUGCCGCGGCCCUCGCUCGCCACGUUUACCUGCGUAAGUCGGUCGGUGUGGGCAAGCUCUGCAAGCUUCACGGUGGCCCUAAGAACCGCGGUUUCCGUCCUUCGCACCACAGCCCCGCCUCAGGUGCCGUCCAGCGUAAGGUCCUCCAGAGCCUGGAGCAGAUCGGUGUGCUCGAGAUCAGCGAGAAGGGCGGUCGCUCCAUCACCCAGGAUGGCAUGCGUGACCUUGACCGCAUUGCUGUGGCCGUGCUCGAGGCCCAGCGCGAGGAUGAGGACGACGACGAGGAUGAGGAUGAAGACGAGGAUGAGGACGAGGAGGACGACGACGAGUAA